GGCAGAGGAGGAAGAAUCUCAACAAGAUAUAUUUGCAGACAAAACAGGACCUCUUCUAGAAUGUCAAGCUCUCUGGUUGUGUGCGAAGUGGAUGAGAGUCUGAAAGAAAAACUGAAGAAGUUCAGAUUUCGAAAAGAGACCAACAAUGCAGCCAUCCUGAUGAAAAUUGACAUGGAGAAACAGCUUGUGAUACUGGAGGAAGAGUAUGAGGACAUUUCUUUGGAUGACCUGAGAAAUGAACUUCCGGAGCGGCAGCCAAGAUUUAUUGUUUACAGCUACAAAUAUGUCCAUACAGAUGGCAGGGUGUCCUACCCACUGUGUUUCAUAUUCUCAAGCCCAGUGGGGUGCAAGCCUGAGCAGCAAAUGAUGUAUGCCGGCAGCAAGAAUCAACUGGUCUCCACAGCAGAGCUCACAAAGGUUUUUGAGACCCGAAACAUAGAUGACUUGUCUGAGGAGUGGCUGAUAAACAAACUGGCUUUUUUUCGUUGAAAAAACAAAAGUGCAUGUAGUGAAUGUACUUAACAUAUUGAUGAACUGAAGCUACAUUUCUUAGUUGCUUCAUUGAUUCUUUUGAAUCAAUGAAGAACAAGGAGGUCAGGUUUAUGUUUUAAUUUAUAACCAACAAUUUUCAACACAAUUGAACCCUCUGGUAGGUAUUAUCAUCAACAAAUGAUAGUAUGGAAAAUGCACAUGACUACCACAUAUGGAACAAUAUUGAGUCUGUUUACCUAUUUGAAAACAACUGAAAUACAUUAAAAAAAAUCCUUGUUACACAAUAACAAAUCUACUAGAAAUACAGGCUUGUUUGAAUGGAAAAACAAUGGCGGUGUACAUUUGUACAAUAAAUUUUUUGUAACUCAUUAAAGAUUUCACUUGAAUUU